CCUCCAUCCCCAACUGGACGGUGAGAGUCUGGCUCAAUGCUCGCUCAAUUUCGGUUUUGAAUUUAACUUCUCUAUUCCCCCCUCUCCCUCCUCCUUCCUUCUUUUCCUCCCUUUCUUCUUUCCCUCCCAUCCUUCUUCCAGGUGCUCGCAUCCCACACUCCUUUGUCGAUUGCUUGUUUCAGGUUGAGAGCUUCAUUAUUGUGUUGCUCUUGUCACUCCUUAUUCACUUGAACUGCCUAUCACUCUUUCAACUGCGUGUGCCCUGGUCUCGAUUGUUGAUACAACUUAAACCACCAGUGAUACCCUCAUCCCGCAUCUCUUUCCAUAUCCAAAAAAAGAAAACCCUUCCCAAGAACACUAUCCAUCAAUCUUCGCAAUGCAGCUCAAGAACUCCCUGCUUCUGUUGACCGCCUUGACGGCUGGUUCUUCUGUCGCUCGCAUGCACGGCCAUGAGCGCCGCCACCAUCACCACGAGAAGCGCAACGCCGGUGACGAGGUCUACGCCGUCAUCGAUGGUGUCCUCCAGUCCUGGGUGAACGACUGGUCUGGCUCUGCCACGGCCGCCGUUGAGGAAAAGAAGGCUGCCGCUACCGUUGCCGCUUCUGCCACCGUCGAGGUCAGCGCUAACGUCGGUGCAUCUGCUACCGCUGUCGCCAGCGCUGCUGCCACUGCCUCGAGCUCUGCCUCGAGCUCCGACUCGGUUGUCUCCUCCGCCGACGGCACCUGCAAGUCCUGGUCUGCGACCUCGUCGAGCUACUCCCGCGCCGGCUUCGGUGCCAAGUCCAACGCCAAGCGCACCACCGAUGCCAUCUACUACGCCGGCAACGUCGGCUCCCCAUGGGGUAGCAACAUCAUUGAGGUCAGCGAGGACAAGGCCUGUCUCUACCAGUACGUCGUCCGCUUCGAGGGCAGCUCGGAGGACGACUGGAUCGUCAAGUUCUGGAACAAAGUUGGUCCCAACGGUGGCCUGAACGGCUGGUACGGCAACUCGGCCCUGACCUUCAAGAUCAAGGCCGGUGAGACCCGCUACGUCGCCUUCGACUCCGACUCCCAGGGUGGUUGGGGUGCUUCCAAGGGCGACACUCUUCCCACUGACGAGUUUGGCGGUUACUCUUGCACCUGGGGUGAAUUCGACUUCGGCAACACCAGCAACAACGGCUGGUCCGGCUGGGAUGUGUCGGCCAUCCAGGCUCAGAACGCUGGCCACGAAGUCCAGGGUAUGAGAAUCUGCGAGCACACCGGUGACAAGUGCUCCACCAUCACCAACGCCCUCGGCUCCGUGAUCAACGCUUACACUUCCAACCUUGCCGAUGAGGACGGCAUUGGCGGCAACUCCAACGCUGAGUCCGUCCGUCUGACUGUCGACCUCGACUACAACUAGAUCUUUCCCCCUUCGUGAUAUGAUUUUGUUUUCCUUCUUUCUCAGAUUCCCCUUAUGGUUUCCGUUGGCUGGGUUGGAAAUUCUAUCAACGUGUGUGCUUUGCCGUGAACUACUGUGAACACCAAUCCAACACCAUCUCUCUCAGUUUCGAGUGUACAUACCUACAAAUACCAUCGUAUCUAUUCUAUGAUUGGAC